AUGCAUCACCCUGGAGAAUUAUGUAACCUAAGGCUUAAAGAUAUUAAUAAAACUGUUAAAGAAGUAUUUGUUAAUAAGACCAGUAACUUUGAGGAUAAACCUCUUUUUUUAUCAAGGCAAGAAAAACAAUUAAUAGUGGGGGCUGUUGGAGCCAUUGUUAAGAGAAUUGCUAGACAUGCAAGUCUAUGUGGUAGGUUUACUGCCUACAGUAUUAGAAUUGGUGAUGCAACUACAGCAAUAGAAGCAGGCACAGAUUCAUGCUAUAGGGGAAUGGGACAGUAA